GCAACAGUUCAAGAUAGGCAUUUCCGGUGGUCAAGUGGAGAAGGGCAGCCUGCAGCCAUGGGACAGGCCCUGGGGAUCAAGACCUGCGACUUCCAGACAGCAAGAAACAAUGAGGAGCACCACACCAAGGCCAUCAGCUCCCAGCACCUCAUUGUGAGGAGAGGGCAGCCCUUCACCAUCAUCCUUCACUUCCAGGCUCCAGUCCAAGCAUUUAUACACACCCUGAAGAAGGUAACCCUCAUUGCACAAACUGGAGAGUACCCUUCCAAGGCCAACAAGACCCAAGCCACAUUCCCAAUUUCCAGUUUGGGGGACCAGCAGUGGUGGAAUGCAGCAGUGGAAGACAGAGAUGACCAGUCCUGGAAGGUCUCUGUAACUGCACCCGCAGAUGCUAUCAUCGGCCACUACUCACUCCUGCUACAGGUCGUGGGCAAGAAGCCACUCCUCCUAGGCCAGUUCACACUGCUUUUUAACCCUUGGGCUCGAGAGGAUGCUGUGUUCCUGAAGAAGGAGUCUCAACGCAGGGAGUACGUGUUGAACCAGCAUGGCCUCAUCUACCUGGGUACAGCUGACUGCUUCCAGGCAGAGCCCUGGGACUUUGGCCAGUUUGAGUGUGGUGUCAUCAACCUCAGCCUGGGCUUACUGAGCUUGGACAAGCAGGUGGAGAAGUGGGGCAACCCCGUGCAUGUGGCCCACAUUUUGGGCGCUUUGCUGCAUGGUCUCAAGGAGAAGAGUGUCCUGCCCACUCCACGGACCGACACCACCCAGGAAGGAGUCUUGCUGUACAAACGCCGGGGCAGUGUGCCCAUCCUGCGGCAGUGGAUCACAGGCCAAGGGCGACCUGUGUAUGAUAGUCAGGCCUGGGUGUUUGCCGCAGUUGCUUGCACAGUGCUGCGAUGCCUGGGAAUCCCUGCCCGCGUCAUUACCACAUUUACGUCAGCCCAGGGAACUGGUGGACAUCUGUUUGUAGAUGAAUACUACAACGAGGAGGCCCUUCAGAAUGGAGAAGGCCCAAGAGGCAGAAUCUGGAUCUUCCAGACUUCCACAGAAUGCUGGAUGACCCGGCCUGAUUUGCCCCAAGGUUAUGAUGGAUGGCAGAUUCUGUACCCAAGAGUUUCUGGUGGAGGAGGAGUCCUGGAGUCCUGUGAUCUGGCCCCUGUCAGAGCAGUAAAGGAGGGGACACUAGGGCUGACUCCUGCAGUAUCAGACCUUUUUGCCGCAGUAAAUGCCUCAUGCGUGGUCUGGAAGUGUCGUGAGGAUGGCGCGCUGGAGCUGACCAACUCCAACACUAAGUAUGUUGGCAACAACAUUAGCACCAAGGGUGUGGACAGUGACCGCUGUGAGGACAUCACUCAGAACUACAAGUAUCCUGAAGGAUCUCCUCAAGAAAAAGAGGUGUUGGAGAAAGUCCAGAAUGAGAGAAUGGGACAUAAAAAAGACAGUGGCAUCCAUCCUCCUAGUCUCAAGACCGCUGAGACUCUGUACAUGUUUUUGGAAGCACCCAGCUCCCUAUACCUGGGCGGGAAUGCCCAGUUCUCAGUGAAGUUAGUUAACCCCAGUGACCAGAAGAAGGCAGUACAGCUGGCAAUUGGUGUACAAGCAAUAUACUACAAUGGCAUCCUUGCUGCUGAGCUCUGGAAAAAGAAGCUGUCCUCUAUGCUUGAUGCCUACAUGGUUAACAGUAUCACCAGCAAUCUGUCCUUCUUACAUUUUGAUCAAAACCCACCAGAGAACAGCUUCCUGAGACUCACAGUCAUGGCCACAGCAACACACUCUGCAUCCAGCCUCAGCUGCUUUGCUCAGGAAGACAUUGCCAUUUGUAGACCACACCUUGCCAUUGAGAUGCCAGAGACAGCAGAGCAGUAUCAACUUCUUAGGGCUUCAGUUAGCCUCCAUAACUUCCUAGACAUUCCCAUGAAGGACUGUGUGAUCUCCAUCUUUGGAAGGGGGCUCAUUUACAGAGAGAGAAGGUACAGAUUAGCUACAGUGUGGCCCGGAAACAUCUUGCACACCCAAUUUCAGUUUACACCAACACAGGUGGGGUUCCAGAGGCUCACUGUGGAAAUGGACUGCAAUCUGUUCCAGAACCUAACCAACUACAGAAACGUCAUCGUGGAAGCCUCCGAACUUCCUGCUUAAACCUCCAUUAAGUAUCUCAUAAUUAAAGUCUGAAGUUGAUAACAUGAACUUGGCCCACUAGAGAAAUAUGAAAACUAUUAAGUAUAUAGAAUACCAGCCCUUGAAGAAAAAAUAAAAGAACUAGACUCCUUUUGUACAAAGUUAUAUAUAUAUAUAUAUUUUGGUUUACAUUACUUGUUGUUUUGACACUCUCUGACUUUAGUUCCUUCUCUUUCUGACUCUUAUUACAAGUAUAAAAUGGCACUUGAGAAGAGUAAAUUAAAACUCAUUUUACAUAAGGAAUUUCAACCCAAGUAUACACUACUUGCUCAAAAGAAUGACUGCUGUGGCUGAUUAUACCUAAAAAGACCAUGGAGACAUCGGAAGGGCAGAUGGGCUAAGUUACAUCUAUGCAAGGAAAAGGACUGGCAUUAGAUGUUGUGGAGACCCGCAGUACAUGCAUAAAACCCAAGUCAGGUCACCAGAAUACACAUCAUACAGGUUUAUCUUGCUUUCCAAUAUGUGAUCUUCUAGACACAUGCAAAAUUAUAAUUAAGUGGUGAUGGUUGUGCAAAAGGAAAAGGCCCUUAAACUGAAAAGGCCCUUAAAAUUAUAUAAACUAUUUUAAUACACUUACAAAGUUUUGAUUUAUAAAAAUUUUGUACUUACAUUUGGAGAGACAUGUAAUAUAUAACAAUAAUACAAACAUAUGUAAGAAAAACAAAUCUGCUCAAUAAAGUGGACAAACCUAAUAUGUGAGCUCAAUACCAAAAAAAUAAUUUUAGAGGCAUGAAUGCAAUAAUAUUCAGAAGGACUUAAUUAUAAGAAUAAUGAUAUUAUAUAGCACACUGAAGCAUUCAACGGGGCUUUGAAGUCAUCUCUAAAUAAAUUAAAGUCAAGUGUUUUUGUUCUAAAUUCAGUCCUGAUC